UCUCACAAAUAGAGCAUUUCUUCUUCCUCAAAGAAAAUAAUUAGUAGUAAUAAUGCCUAUUUCAAGAAUUUCCCUUGGAAGUUUAGCAGAGGCUAGCCAGCCUGAUGCUCUCAAGGCUGCAACAGCUGAGUUCAUUUCCAUGCUCAUUUUCGUUUUUGCAGGCUCAGGCUCUGGCAUGGCCUUCAGUAAGCUAACGGAUGGUGGAGCAGCAACGCCAGCUGGACUUAUUUCGGCAUCCAUAGCACAUGCCUUUGCCCUUUUUGUGGCUGUUUCAGUAGGAGCGAACAUUUCUGGAGGUCACGUUAACCCUGCAGUUACAUUUGGCGCCUUUGUGGGCGGUCACAUUACCCUUUUCAGAAGUGUUUUGUAUUGGAUUGCACAAUUGGCUGGAUCCAUCGCGGCUUGUGUGCUCCUCAAGUUUUCUACUGGUGGAUUGGAAAUAGGAGCAUUCACACUCUCAAGUGGAGUGACACCAUGGAACGCAGUUGUUUUCGAGAUAGUAAUGACCUUUGGCCUUGUUUACACUGUCUACGCAACUGCAGUUGACCCCAAGAAAGGCAACUUGGGAAUUAUUGCCCCAAUUGCGAUUGGUUUCAUUGUGGGUGCCAAUAUUUUGGCUGGUGGUGCCUUUGAUGGUGCAUCAAUGAACCCCGCCGUGUCUUUUGGUCCAGCAGUGGUUAGCUGGACCUGGAACAACCAUUGGGUCUACUGGCUCGGGCCAUUUGCAGGUGCUGCUAUUGCUGCCUUGGUAUACGAAAUCAUCUUCAUUGGCCAGAACGAUCACGAGCAGCUCCCUUGCACUGAUUAUUAAGGAUGGAUUUCCUCUUUUCUUUUCUCUAAAUUAGAACCAAAUGUUGCUUAAUUAAUGUUUCAAGGUUGUCGUUGUUUUCCUGCUCUCUUUGUUUUAUUUCAAAACUUGGUGAAGUUUCUUGGCUUUUCUUAAUUGUAAAAUCGUGAGAAAAAAAGAAAAAGAAACAAGCGAUGUGCAAGUAUGGAGUUGGCUUUCCUUUGA